AUGAUCACAGACAGGGUCAUUAAUGCCAUCUUUGGAGAGUGGCCUCACGAGCAAGUGCCCCCAACACCCUUGCCCUUCAUCGCCUUACUUGUUUAUAUCGCCGAGUGCCUAGAAAUCCCUCUUCCCCGUGUUAGCUUCCUAAACCCACUAUUCAACCUAUCUCUGUAUGUCUUUUACGUCACAUUUGCUUUUCAGAUCAUCGGAACGUUGAGGCGCGCCUUCAGUAGCCGCCAUCCAGUGCACCUAGUACUUGAACAGCUACUUGACUUCUCUUCAGUCGCGUUGGCGUUUCGAAUGGGGUGCUUCGCGGCUGCGGAGUUUCUCUUAGUUGCCUCAAUCGCCAGCCUUACCGGUUCCAUAAGAUUAACGUGCUUCGUACCUCUUUUAGUAACAGCACUACUAGCAGACGUAAUGCUCUCUAAUGGGACUUCGCGUUGGACUGUAGCCCAUAUCUUCAUCCUAGUAGCUUUCGCCGCACUUUAUCUCGCUCCUCAGUUCUUCGACGAGGGCAUUAUGCAACUUGCCGUUUGGCGCAUAGAGGAGUAUGAUGCGAACACUCCUAGAUGGUUGUUGGAUAUGGCACGCGACAUUGUUGUUGGCCAGAAAGCUCCCACUUACGUACAAUCAAAGCCGAUGGAACGGUUUAUCACGGUCACGAAUGUGCCGGAGGUAUGA